GAUAAGUGGUUGGCAAUGUCAAGAGUAAAUUAUAAUAUCAAUAAUUAUCUAGGUAUUUUUGAUAUGAUUAAGAUCGUUUAGAUAAAUUCAUCGUCAUAAAUGUAUGUGCUGAAUAAAACUUUCAGAUCUAUAUUUGUCGAACUAUGAACGUGGGCGCUUGUAAUGUAUUCAAUUUAAGGAUAUUAUUUUUAUAGGUUAUCAAAUCUGGAAAGUGUCAAAAUGUAUUUCAGUAUUAUAAGUGUUUUUAUUGUCGCAAUAAGCUUGCAACCUGGAUCAACCGUAGACCUGGCUGUGUCGAAUCUGUUGAAGAUGCAACAGGGGUUGGGUUGGCCGCACAGAUUGCACGUGGCAAUGGGACAUGAAGCUCUUCUCAAAAUACCCACAUCGGAGCAGAAUGUCCAGUGUGAAGUGACAUCACCGCAAGGAGACACCUUCAAUGUCAUGAGCCCACCUAAUAACAGAUUUGAGAGUUGGGGCGACGGAUGCGGUGUCCGGGUUCAAAAUGUGAGCUCCGAGGACGUAGGAAGAUGGCGACUGACCGCAACUGGCAAUAUGAAUCUCACUGGUUGGACUGAACUUUAUGUCGAAGAGGAUAUAAAUCUAUACACACCGUCGCCUAUAUCGUUAUUGGAUGGACAGACGCAUGCAGAAGUGGAGUUGACAUCUCUUGACAACUCCUAUUGCCUGGUGGCGCAGCCGUUUGCCGAGAGUUCCCUGGUGUCUGGUCAUUGCCGUGUGACCCUGGAGCGGGCCAACAGAGCGGUCCAAGGGAACUGGAACGUCCUUGUGGGACUCCCGGGAAAGGUUUCCGAGUUGCAAGUCCAAGUACGGGUCAAUGUGGAAGCGGAACGUCUCGAUGUCGGCUUUGUACAUGAUACGAGCCAAAAUAAACUUCACAUUUACUGUAAUGUUCUUCAUACGAUGAAGAAUAUAACGUUCUGUCGUUUUCAAAUGGCCACUGCACCGUACGGUUAUACCGUCAUGGAUGGAUUGAGCGAUGGUAGACACAGUUACUACGGCGAUGGAUUCCUAGCGCGCCAUUGUGGCAUAACCAUAGAGAACCCCACCGCGGUUGACUACGGCAGUUGGAGGUGCUCUGUAGGGCUCCAACAAUGGGUUGGGACACACAUCGAGCAGCAACCCGCCAUGCAGGCCUUGGUUAGAGUCCUACCUCAUACGUUACAGAUAAGAAGACAACUAAGAGUAGAGGCCGAGACGCAGACAGUGCUCGUAGAAGAAGGCGCUAGUUUCACUUUGACGUGCUACGCAGAUAUUUCAUUGUCCUACUGUUGGUUCCAACACCCCAACGGCACUCAGUAUACACCAGUGGUACAUGACGACUCUGAACAGGAAUUUUGGUAUACAGGUACCAGUCUCAAAUUAGGUGAGUGUGGUAUCACGUUCGCAAAGGCCAGGGCUGAAGACGCCGGUCAAUGGACCUGUCACAUGGGUCCAAGCGAUCGAUUAGGGGUAGAAAUGACAGACGAGGUGGACCUGCGAAUAACUGGUCCUUUAGCAGCCGCCAGUGUCACGGAGGUCGGAGCCGGCAUUGGGGGAACGACAACGCUUUACUGUAGAACGGCAAACGGCAACAAACCAUUGCAUUACUGCCGGUUUUUGUCUCCCAAUCGAGUCGGCAUAAGUAUCGACUCCUCUGUGACUAGUGAAAAUGCAAUAUUGGACCGUUACUAUUUUACCCCCGAUCGUGAACUAAAUUAUGGCGACUGUUCGCUCACCAUCGAUCCAGUAGCUACUGAAGACAUUGGUGAAUGGACGUGUGCUGCCCUUGUCGAUGAUCAGAUUAUAGAAGCGAGGGAUACUAUCACAGUUCGACAACUCGCUACACGGUCGCGAGCGGGAAUAAUUGGUAUGUCCAUAGGAGGUGCGUUUUUACUAGUGAUAUUGAUAGCAGUAGUUUUAUAUAGAAAAGGGUACAUUAAGCUGAAAAGAGGUGGCAUUGCCCGUAACUCUGAGGUAGUUGUCACUGCCUCCAGGGUCCGCCCGUCUAACUUUAGUUCGAGUACGACUUCCAGCCAGGACUCAGAAGAAUUCCGCGCCGAAAUUAGAUCUCGAUCGGUUCAAAAUUCCUAAGACUUUUAUAAAGGCUUACAAUAAUAGCCUUUAUAAUUAAUUAUAAUGAAUUGAUUAACGUAAUUAAACUUGAAAUUAUAUUAUCCACUUAGAUAUCUUAACCCACAAUUUAAUUCUCGGAUCGUUUCUAUUACUAAUAAUUAUUUAUUACAUAACAUAAUGAUAACAAAUUGAUUCAAUAUAUAUAGCGUUCAUCUACGAAAAACAUUAGUUAAGAAAAAAAUAUUAGACUGAUUUUAUUACAUUAUAUUGUAAUGUAUGGAUAUUAACGUGAAAUAAAUUAUUUAUAAUCAUGUUUAAUUAAUUUCAUUUAUUAUCUUUAUUAGUCUGUU